UUGUGUGUUCGAUUUACUUCCUAGCACACUCAAAGUAUAAAAGUUGGAAUCGAUUCGAUUUGGAGACAUUACACAUCAGUCUUCAAAACUGUAACAUUCUUCUCGUUUUGCAACGACAAUCCUUAAAACAAUAAUCAUGAAGUGCAUCGCAGCUGUAGUCAUGAUGGCCGUCGCCCUCGUCGUUGCUGAAGGAUCUGUUCUGCCGCUGGGCUAUUCCGCUCCUCUGGCUUGGGCCGCUCCACACACAACCGUCGUUCAGCAAAAUUUGGGUGUCCCUCUGCUCCACGCUGCUCCAUGGGCUCAUGCCAUUUCUGCUCCUGCUAUCAGCUAUGCCGCCCACGCUUCCAUCAUCCCAACUGCUUACGUUCAUCAUCAGCCAGCCGUUGCCGUGAUUGCCCAGAAGGAAGCCCGCUAUCUGGCCGCUAACCGUGGAGCUGUGCAUGAUGCCCCACUCGCUGGACACGCAAUUUCUCAGCAAUCGCUGAAUCUGGCCCCAGCCCCAGGAACACUGUAAACUAUGCAGCUGCGCGUUUAGUUUACUUGUACAUGCUGCAGAAUAGUCGUUAUGAAUAAAUUUUAACUUAGUUCCAAAAAAUACACGUUUUCAUUUUUAAUUUUGUGGAAGGUAUUUAAACACUAUCG